CUUCGUCCACUCCUCGAGAGAUACGACACUCGGAGAGAAAACUAACCCUUUACUGGGAAGGUUUACUACCCGAAAAACUCCAAUUGUCAAAUGGCGCCGUUGCCGGGGAGUGGCACGGCAUUAGUUUAAUUUCUUCAGAUUAGCUUGGGUGAAGAUUGGUUAGAACGAUCUUCUCACUUCUUUUUCACCAACCACCCGUAAUAAUUAUUAUGGAUAACUCCAGUGGUUAUUAUGGUCCGCCUUCUUUCUACCAAUCACCAAACCGCCCUCCGUUUCAACCCCACCAAACCUAUCACCCACAUCAGUACCCAUACGAUGAUGACUACCAAGUCAACAAUGGGUCUGACUACUAUCCCUACCAUGAGGUACCACCAUAUGAUACCCCGUCUAGAAACUUUGGGUAUUCUCCAUACCAAGAUCCUGAUGGGGAUGAUUAUUAUGAACCUCAUGGUGAUCAAGAUGACUAUGACCAAUCUGGGCCUAUGUACGACGAUCAACCUGAUCCUCUCGUCGAAGAAAUCAUAAGAUUAGAGCAGAAGAUCUUCUAUUUCGACGAGGUUUUAUUCGCUGAAGGCUCCUGGUACGAACCACCGUACUCCCGUGACUACACUUUGUUUGCUGAAGAACAAAUUGAAGCAAACAAGGUGGCAAUUCGAGAAAGAGCAAAACUUCUUGAAUCAAUCCGGAAGGAAAAGGAGUUCGAGAGGAGAUUAUGCGAAGGAUCAGAAAUGAUGCAGAAAAUGCUGGACGACUUUCAAAGAGAGAGACUAGAAGCUGAGUAUAAAGCCGAUAAAUUAGUCAAUGAUCUCUGUAUGGCUGUUGAACUUAAACGCUCCCUCCAAUCUCAAGAUCAAAUAAGGGAGAUUAAUGUUCAAAAAGAGGCUCUAGAACCUAAGACCAACCCUGAACCAUCCAACCAUCAGGUUCCAGUUCUAGAAGAUUCACCCAGACCAGCACUACCACAGAAACCCGAGAGCAUAACAACUCUCGCUAGCGCUACUGUGGUGAUGUUACCUGAAUACCCUUCUAGCCAAGUCCUAACCAGCAUAGUCGUACAUGAGGUGGAACCAACUCAGGGACCUGACUCAGAACCACCUAUUCAAGAACAGAAGGAGGAGGAAGUUUUGCCUAUGGCAAUAAACGACCAUAUCCUUAAUUGUGUUGAAGACACACCUCCAGAGGAACCUGUUCUGGAGGAGAUAGAGCCCACUACCUACCCCCAAGAUUCCAACAUUCAAGAGUCUAAGGAGGAAUCUACAGACGAAGAAAUACCUAGCACAGAGGAACCAAUAACGUCUAUAGAUAAUCAUGCUUCAUCAGAAGACUUAGACCAAACUUUCUUUGACUCCCUACUUAACGGGUGUGACUUUGUCUGCCCGAAGGAUAGUUGGAGCCAAAAGAGUUGGGAUGAACUUCUGGUAAGUGACACUGAAGACUCAUCCAUGGGGGAAAGCACGGUCGUAAUCAUCAAACCACAAAUGGAUGGUCAGCCUGUUGAAGAUAAGGAAAAACUCAGUCUCACUAUGAAGGCCAAUGAUGUGGAUCAAUUGAGGAGACUUCCGCCACCACCCACCUAUCUAGAGUCUCCUCCUUUUAUCCUGUUGCCGCCGAGCCGCAGGGACGAGUCAAGGAUCCUGGACCUUGACCGAGCAACAAAUCAAACAAGGUGGCACCAGAAGAGAGUCAGAAGGGCCAAACUUUAUGACUCUCGGAUUGGGAAGUCGCGGAAAAAGUGGGGCAUACCUUACAGUGGGAGCGAAGAAGAUGUCUCACCUGGGGAAAACACAAGGUUUCUACAACCUUUGGGGCUUCUUGAUCCAACAGUCCUGGUUGAAGUUAGCUACUGAGAGAAUAUUGACUUCCUCAGUAAAGUCUCUUUUUCUCU